CAAUGAGCUCAAAACAAGAAGAGCUAAACUAAGGUACAUAAAUUAAGAAAUCUUUAGUUCGCAAGUCUUCAAGGCAAAAGAAAAUGACAGAAAACUUUAAAGAAAUGCUCCAAGAGAUCAAAGAAUAAAAACCAUCUGCCAAGAAAUCAGAUUAAAAGUAGGAGAAGUAUUAGUAAAAGAAAGUAUUAGAAUAAAAGAAAGGUACUUUAUAUAAUAAUAUUAUAGUGUAUGAAUAUGGAUUUAUGACUGAUUGGGUUAAUUGCAUCUAUCCCCAUGAUAAUGGAUAAACUUUUCCUCUUUAAAUUUAAUUCUGUGUUUUAAAGCCUAAAAAACCAGCUAUUAAAAAACAAAAAAAAGAAUAACCAGAAGAAGGAGUAUUUGUAAAGAAAUAAAUUAGAUAAUGUCUUUGAUUCAAAACUUAUUGACUAAUCUAAGUUAGAAUCAAGAACAAGUGAGAAUAUAAAAUGAUUCACAAAUAUAAAGAGUUUAAACAACAAAUGAAGGAAUAAUAGUUUAUCAUCCUUACUUUAAGAAAAGUAAAAUAUCAUUCAAUUUAUAAGUUGAAUAUCAAAGCAAGAAACCUUAAUAGAUAGAUAGGAUUGAAACAACUCCUGAGUUAGAAAUCUUACAGCAGAAAUUUGAAUCCAUUAAAAAGACUUUUAGACCUUUAAUACUUAUUUGA